AUUAGAAAAUAUCACACCAUAUCCCAUUUCAGUGGUGGUGGUGGUAGUAGUGGUAACGGUGGCUUGUAACGUCCCUAUCAGUUCAUGAUCGUCUUCUAUAUAAGUUGGAGGGUCACGGGUAGUGUUCGUAUUUACGUGCAACAAUUUUGCAGUGAAUGUUAGUACAUAUUAUGAAAAGCAGUUUACAAAAAAUUUUGCUAUUAAGCUCUUGUUACUGUUCACUAUUUUGAUUGAUCUGAAAUAUUCGGAAGAUCUAUUGUGAACUACUGCACAUUAAGUACAAAAAUGGGUACUUUUACAAUCGUUUUUACAUUGAUAGCGAUAGGUAUCUCUUGCAUCGAGGCUGUGAAGUCUCCAACAUUUAGCAAUACUUACACAUUAAAAGGAACUUUAUAUAUUCCAUAUGCUGAAAUCCGAGAACCAUUCUAUGCAUGGUAUGAUGGCAAAAGUGGAUCUAGUAGAAUCGAUUACUAUGGAGGAAUGGUCAAGACUUUCCAAUUAUCACACAAAGGAUCAUAUGGAAAAAGCAUAAAAAUUGCCCCAAUAACUACAGAAUCUGUCCUGAAUGAAGAAACAUGUCUUGAAGUAAAUGGUACUAAAGAAAUUAAGGUUCAACCUCAAGCUAUUAUUCCAGACACAACUGAAAUGGAGUGUAUUGGAGAAGAAGUGAUUAAUGGUUUAUUAUGUGAAAAAUGGAGAUUGGAACAGGAGAUUGAUGGAAAAUUAAACAAAUAUACUUUUUGGAUAAGAUAUAAGAAAUCUCCACGUGUACCUGGUUUAAAAGAACCAAUUCCUGUAAGGUAUGAGAUGAAAGGAUUCAAUAGUCUUUUGGGCUCUCACUAUGAUCAUUACUAUCUGGAUUAUGACUGGUACUCUUCUGAAAAACCUAGUUCAGAAGUGUUUGAAGUUACAACAAAUAUGACAUGUGUUGGUUUUCCCGGACCUGGAGACAAACAUGUAUACACAUUUAAUCCUAUGCGUGAGUUUGUUCACAAUUAUGACACUCAUGUAAAUGAAGCAUUUGAAGAUUUCAAAAAAACUCAUAACAAGGAAUAUGUAAAUCAUGUAGAUCAAUUGAUGCGUAAAGAAGUAUUUAGGCAAAAUUUAAGAUUUAUUCAUUCGACCAACCGAGCUAAUAAAGGCUACCAAUUGAGCGUUAAUCAUUUGGUAGAUCGUACUGAGUUAGAAUUAAAAGCUUUACGCGGCAAACAAUACACUGCACAUUACAAUGGAGGACAACCUUUCCCACACAAUGCUGAAAAAGAAGUAACCGAAGUCCCAGAUAGUUUAGAUUGGAGGCUCUAUGGUGCUGUUACUCCUGUUAAAGAUCAAUCUGUUUGUGGAUCUUGCUGGAGUUUUGGUACAACUGGUGCUGUUGAAGGCGCAUACUAUAUGAAGUACGGUAAAUUAGUGCGUUUGUCUCAACAGGCGCUUAUUGAUUGUUCAUGGGGCUAUGGAAAUAAUGGUUGUGAUGGUGGUGAAGAUUUCAGAUCAUAUCAAUGGAUUAUGAAGCAUGGAGGUUUGCCUACUGAAGAUGAUUAUGGUGGUUACCUUGGUCAAGACGGUUACUGUCACAUAAAUAAUGCUACAGUGACAGCCAAAAUUACUGGCUAUGUAAAUGUUACAUCGGGCGAUGCUAAUGCUCUAAAAGUUGCCAUUGCUAAGCAUGGUCCAAUUUCAGUCGCAAUUGACGCAUCCCAUAAAACAUUUUCAUUCUACUCCCAUGGCGUAUAUUACGAUGAGUCUUGUGGUAAUACGGAAGAGAGUCUGGAUCAUGCAGUUUUAGCUGUAGGUUAUGGCAGCUUAAAUGGAAAGGAUUAUUGGUUGGUCAAAAAUUCAUGGUCAAAUUACUGGGGCAACGAUGGUUACAUUCUUAUGUCUCAGGAAAAAAAUAACUGUGGUGUAUUAACAGCUCCAACAUAUGUUACUAUGUAAGAAAAAUAAGUAACACUAUCUUUAUUUUUUUAAUAUGAAUAUGUAAGAAAAGAGAUUGUUGAAAAUCGAAAAUAUACAUUCUUUUUUAACGAUAAAAUUUUGCUUUCUUAAUAUUCUUAAAUAUAAACUGUAUAUCUAAAGAAAAAUAAAUUGUUGAGACUACGUCUUUUGGGUUAAAUAAAUAAUAUGUAAUUAUAGAAUUUAAGAAAAUUAGCUUCGUGUAAACAUAAACAAAAUGACUUUUAUUGAAAAUCUUUAGUAUUUAAAAGCGGCCUUAUAAUUUUUGUUCUCUUUGUUAUUAUUACUAAAAAUAUUUGUAUAACAAAAGACACACAGAUGUCAUAAGUUUUCGACUAAAAUUCUAUACAAUGUAAAAACAAAUUACGUAGUAAUUGCGAUUUGCCGAUUCGCAAAGCAAUAUCAUUUGCUCGGUAUAAAAAGCAUAAACGAACAUAAACAGCUACAGAAUUAAACAAUGUCACGUUCUUAUUUCAACACAGAAAAUAGGCAUUGCUAUACAUAGAUAACUCUAUAACAUUGAUAUUAAACUAUUGCUUAUGUAUUGGAAAGCCUGAUGCUGGAAUUAUAAUAACAAUUACUUACAAAAAUA